UUUUCCCUCGGCCAGUUCAUUUCUCCCACAUACGAACAUUCAGUUCGCUGCCUCACAAUCUUUGUGUUUUGAACUAACAUUUUACAGAGGAACGCGUCGAUUGUUUCUUUUCACUGAUCGCGAUGUUUAUGGCGUAAUUUGCGUCGGCCGAACUCCCGCGUCGGAGGGGCGCGAGAGGACUACAUCGCCCCGCUCGAGAACAUCGCGUAGAGGAGGGGACGAAGACACACAGGGGGUGUUCACUCGAAAUAUACCAUCCCUUUAAAACAAGGGGGACACGGCGGUGGGGGAGAGAUAGCGGGGCAGAGAAGACGGGAUAAAAAAAGAAAAGGAAGAAAGAGCGAGGGUGGGAGGGUGAGAGUAUUGCAGGGAAAAAAAGGGAAAAAAUGUCAUCAUCUCGAUUGAAAUGCCGAGGCGGAGCCAUGGACGACGGUCGGUGAAGCGUUCGACAAACAGGAAUGAUAUUAAACGCAACGCCGAGGCUCGCACAGAUGUCGCACGGGGCCUGGAUGGAGAACCUUGAAAUAAAAAUUAUGGCAUUAUUUUUACCCACGCCACGCGACCGCUGAGAGCAAACCAGACACUAAAUGCCAUUUAUUUUGAUAAUAUUAUUUUGCAUGAUAACACAGCAGUCUCAUUAACAAGAAAUCAUUACAUGCAGAUAUACAUUUAAUAGCUUUUAAAGCAUGAUAAACCACUGUUGUGACAGUGAAUGACAGCUGUAAACCAAGGUAUCUACAACAAACAAAGUGGAAGGAGAGAUUGGUGAUUCGGAUAAAUUCGACUACUUUGAUCCAAACGGCAUCUGUACGUUUUCACACCUCAAGAUGGAUGCAGCUUGGAGCAAUUUCCUCUUUCAGACUCCGCCUUCACAGUCCCAAUCUGAGGCGACCCUCCAAUCGGAUCUUCUACCGGACCUUACGGAUACCUCUCAGGACCCGCCCCCUGAACAUAUAGACACGCCCCCGUCUACGGUGGACACCGCAGCGCUGAGUGAGGAGCCUGUACCGGUGAAACCAGUUUCUCGUCCCGCCCGACCGGCACACAUCUGCUCCAUAUGUAAUAAGCAGUUUAAGAACAGUUAUAACCUGCGUCGUCACCAGUCUGUCCACACUGGAGUGAAGAUGAAGGACAGAGCAGCUAGAGAGAAAAUAGAUGGCGGGAAGGCUGCACCACGAGUGGAGAGGCAGACCAUCCCUCUUUCUCUUCUCCAACUGACUAUACCUGCCUCCAUACCCACGGCAGUCGACCCCAUGGUCCAUCCUUCCCCAAUCAGCAAUCAGCAGCUAGAGACUGUUGCCCUCUCUAUUGCCCCAGCAACGGUUGCCAUGACAGUGACCCAACCUCUCCCUACUGCAGUGGUUGUUACUGGGACAAUGGUGCAGGCUGCUCCAAAUAACAACACCAACGAUAACCUGAAUAAUCCCACCCCGAUACAAAUAUCUUUCCCGAUAACAAACCCACUGCCAGUAAAUCCAGCUCCCAUUCCUAAUCUUAAAUCCAACCCAGUAAGAAAGAACCAUGCUUGUGAGGCAUGUGGGAAGGCGUUCAGGGAUGUGUACCAUCUUAACCGGCAUCGGUUGUCCCAUUCGGAUGAAAAGCCUUACUCCUGUCCCAUCUGCCAACAGCGGUUUAAGAGAAAGGAUCGUAUGAGUUAUCAUGUUAGGUCACAUCAGGGAGGGGUGGAAAAACCAUAUGUGUGUCCCCACUGUGCCAAGGGCUUCUCACGGCCUGACCAUCUCAACAGUCAUGUGCGACAGGUGCACUCCACAGAAAGACCCUUCAAAUGUCCGACAUGCGAAUCUGCGUUCGCUACUAAAGACCGGUUACGAGCUCAUAUGAUCAGACAUGAGGACAAGGUUCCCUGCCAUAUCUGUGGCAAACUUCUCUCCCCUGCUUACAUCACAGAUCACAUGAGAGUCCAUAACCAAUCACAGCAUCAUGUCUGCCACCUUUGCAACCGCAGUUUCACCACACUGACAUACCUGCGUGUACAUGCUCAGAAGCACCAUGGGCAAGAGUGGAAGGAGAGUGGGGUCGGCCGUGGCUGCGGCCCAGGUGGGGUGCUGUUAUGCCAGCUGUGUGGGGUGCACUGUAAGACGCCCACGCAGCUCCAGGGCCACAUGGCCAUCCAUGCCAACCAGACAGACCCCAAUGUCCCUUGCCCCAUCAGCAGCAGCAGUUCAGUGGCAACUGUGGGUGGAGCCACUUCUGUGUCCAGCUCUCCAGUCACGGUUGGACUGCUGGUGACUGACUGCUCCAGCAUUGCUCCUCAGAGCCACAGCUAGCCAACAGCACACAUUUAGGAAGGAGGGAGGGAUGAAUGAGGCGGGGAUUAAUGGGUGGGAGGGGAGAAAAGUGGACAAGAGGAUUGGCCUAACCUGGACAGGCUGCCAUGGAAAUGCCAACACAAAGAUUGCCAUAGAAACCUACCCAUAACCCCACCCCUUUCAUCCACCUCAAAUCUUGCUGGCACUGUGCUAGAACUGAAUAACUCUCUUCAAAGUAGUAUGAUAUUUGAAUGAACUCAAGAAACAUCAACCUGCUUCAAAUUCACUUUAAUGUGCAGAUGGAACAGCAAAUCCUACUGGAUUAGUUGUCCUUCAUAUGCUUUGAGCUGGUCUGGUUUUGAAGAAGAGCUGCAUGUUUCUAUGAAGAUCUGAUGGAAACCUGGGUUGGAAGUCAAUACAUUUCCUUCCAAAAUCCCCACUGAGAGAUCACUCUGGUUUUAAAUGUAGGCUGUUAUUAAGUGCCGUCCCAGUUCAUCACGACAAUUCCAGUGUUGAGGAAUGUAGAACACUGAGAGGAAUUGACACAUUAUGCCUUCCAACCAUUUCCUUAUAUCGUAAUGGGUUCGAUCAAACUGACUGCUACAUAUGAUCUUGAAGAAAAAAAGAGAUGCAUUUCAUAAAUGAAUUUACUCUGUUGUAAGAGAUCAUUCCAUCUUAAAUGAUCUUUACAUGACAUCUUCACAGAACUAUUUAUGGGAUCAAGUAUGGUGCCAUUUCCUCUCAUGCAUCCCUGCAAAGGGUUGUAAAGGUUUAAAACUUGUUCACAUGGACAAAAUAUUUAUAUUUGUAAUGUAUGUAGUAUAUAUGAACACUAAAAAAAUGAAUCUAUUGUUCAAUGCCUCCUAUGAUCAUUUUCACGAUGCUUAUUGAUCGUGAUUUAUCUCCUCCUUUUUUGACUAAAGUCAUUAAACAAAUGUAAUAAUGUUGAUUAAGCUGCAUAAGAUCUGUAACCUAUGUUUCCAGUUCUGUUUGUGUUGACGCUUGUUAAACGGCAGUAUGUGUUGGUGUGGCUGUACUUUUAUCCUAAUUAAUCUCUGUACAAUGAUCUUGCACCUAAUUAUACUGAAUUGAACUGCAGCAUCUGUUGCUCUAUUGGGAUAUAUCAUAUUAUGUACAGUAUGUCGAGUCACCUGGUGCUUUUGUGGUACACUUUGGCAUCCCAUUUUUUUUUUUUAAAGCAUGACAUGCACAAAUCUUGUGUUUAUAUAUAUAUAUAUAUAUAUAUAUAUAUAUAUAUAUAUAUAUAUAUACACUUCGGUCAAAACUUUUGAAACACUUGACUGAAAAAUAGAUCUUAAACAUCUUUUGAUCUGAAGGUGUGUGCUUAAAUGUUUGAUAUUAGAUUUGUAGACAAAAAUAUAAUUGUGCCACCAUAUUAAUUUAAUUCAUUAUAAAACUAAAAAAAAUUUCAAUUCUAUUUAAAUUCAUGACUUGGACCAAAUAAUAAAGAAAAGCAGCCAAUAAGUGCCCAACAUAGAUGGGAACUCCUUCAAUGCUGUUUAAAAAUCAUCCCAGGGUGAUUCCUCAAGAAGUUGUUUGAGAAAAUGUCAAGAGUACAAAAUCUAGGCAAAGGGUGACGACUUUGAAGAUGAUAAAAUAUAACAUAGUUUUGAUUUAUUUUGGAUUUUGUUUAGUCACAACAUAAUUCCCAUAGUUACAUUUAUGUUAUUCCAUAGUUUUGAUGACUUUACUAUUAUUCUAAA